GUCUCGCAAAAUCCAGAAGAAUGGCGCCGAUCAACCAUGCAUAUUCGUCCAUGCCGGUGCUGGUUACCACAGCUUGCAGAACGAGAGGAUCCACCUCCAGGCGUGCAACGACCGCCAUGGUAGUUCUACGUACUGGUGGAACUGCUCUUGACGCUAUCGAGAUCGCCGUGAAAGUUUUGGAAGAUCGUGAAAUCACCAAUGCUGGCUAUGGAAGCAAUCUGGCCAUUGAUGGAUGUGUCGAGUGUGAUGCUACCAUUGUCGAUCACUUUGGUCGUAGUGGUGCUGUGGGAGCCGUCUCACACCGCAGCACGCAGUUACUCACUCUGCGCCGUGUACCUCCAAAUCUGCUCGUUGGUCAGGGCGCCAUCGAGUUCGCUGCGAGCGUGGACAUGCCCAUCCUACCAUACGACGCCUUGAUUUCUCCUGCCGCGAAGGAACGUUGGCUGAAGUGGAAGAAUGACCUUAACACCGUUGAAAAGAACAGAAGGAAUUCUGCGCCACAGGCUUCCAGUUCGCUUACCGCAGUGCCAUCUAAGCACUUGAUGGGCUUCGACUCGGAAGACCGUGUGCGAGAACAGAUGCGCCGGGCACAUACACGUGCUCUUGAGGCUGGGGUCUGGAACGAGGCACAGCCGAUCACACCACUACCCUCGUCCGAUUCGCUCACCCUGCCCGGUCAAAUCUUCAAAACACCGGCCAAUGGACUGCAAGCACCUACUCCUACCAGAGUCUCGACUAGGUAUCCGGCGGAGCCGCUGAUGAUUUAUAGCGAUCCUUUCGGUCCACCAGGGCCUCGUCCAGUCUACAGCAACUCUCCUCUGGCUACCAGUGGUCGCAGAGUCAACGACGGUCACUACUCUGGUAACUACUUUGCAGAAAACUUCUCGUCUACCGAUACGAUGAACGUGGACGACUAUCAGAACUUCUCUGGGCUAUACAGCUCACGUUAUAGUGAUCGCCACGAUGGUUCUUCGGGUGACUCGGGACAAGAGUCUGGUUCCAUGUCAUCAGAGUCCCUGCAGUUACCAUCGAUCACACCAAGCCCCGAACUCGCGCCAACGUCCACAAGCUUACCCGCUUUGGAAGACGUUGACAUCGAGUUGCUUGACACGCCAGACGAUCAAGUCGUAGAGUCAACGUCAUCCGAGUCCUCGAAUUCAAUUCCACUUCCACUCAUCCCCGCGCGUACAGACGAAGAAGAUCAUAUCACGGACACAGUGGGUGCUAUCGCUAUCGACAGCUAUGGAAACAUUGCUUGCGGUGCGUCAUCAGGAGGCAUUGGUAUGAAGCAUCGUGGCCGUAUUGGACCCGCUGCUCUGGUCGGCAUCGGAUCUGCUGUCAUACCGGUUGACCCAGACGACAAGGACCGGAACACAGUCGCUGCGGUUACGAGUGGAACAGGCGAGCACAUGGCUACCACCAUGGCUUCGACAGUCACAGCCGAACGUCUCUUCUACAGUGUCAAGAAGACUCCAACCGGCAUUGUCGAGACCGAUGAUGCUGACGCGAUCAAAUCGUUCAUCGAACGCGACUUUAUAGGUGAGUCAAGCAAGUGUUGUNGACAUCCGAGUGUCAAAAACAGUCACUCGGCCGGCGCCAUUGGCAUCCUAGCUGUGAAGAGGACGCGCGAAGGAAUAUACUUACAUUUUGCUCACAACACAGAUUCUUUUGCAUUGGCAUCAUUCCAUGGAGCAGAAACUAAACCUACUUGCACCAUGUCUCGCAGUACAGGCAAUGGAGCGAUUGCACAAGGCGGUCGCGCUAUCAGGUUCAAGGCCAGCAGAAAGAAUGGU